AUGGCCAUAUUUUCCAACAAGAAAUUCCGCGGCGCGGCGGACGCAAACAAGCUAGGCAUCAAAUACCGUACCGCCAUGCAGAAAUACCCGUUCCUGCUCUUCGGGCUGCCUUUCAUCAGCAUCAUAGUAGCCGGAUCGUUCGUCCUCACUCCCGCCACCGCCAUCCGAUACGAAAAGCACGACCGCCGGGUCAGGCAGAUGACCAAAGAGGAGGAGCUGGGACUGGGCAAGGACAGGAGACAGGUCGACAUCAGGGAGGAGUACUACAGGCUCGCGGCCAAGGAUCUCGAUAACUGGGAACAAAAGCGGGUGGAGCGGUUCAAGGGCGAGAGCGACGGCAAGCUAUGA